AUGUCCUCCUCCGCCCCUCGCAUCGCCAUCAUCGGCGCCGGCCCCGCCGGUCUCUGCCUCGCCCGGCUCCUCCAACUCCACUCCAUCAACAGCACCGUCUUCGAGAAGGACGGCUCGGCCGCCCACCGCGCCGCCGCCGGCGGCAGCCUCGACCUCCACGAGGACUCGGGCCAAGCCGCCCUGCGCGAGGCCGGCCUCUGGGACGAGUUCCAGCGCCUCGCCCGCUACGACGGCCAGGCGUACAUCAUCAGCGACCACACGGGCCACCGCUACUGCGACACGGACGCAGACGGCAUCGAGGACCUCGGACGCCCCGAAAUCGACCGCUCCCAGCUCCGCCGCAUGCUGCUCGACUCGCUCGCCCCCGGCACCGUCCGCUGGGGACACAAGCUGUCACGCGCGGAGCCGGACGGCACCCUGCAUUUCGACGUCAACGUCGACGCCGUCGCGACCACCGAAGACGACGACGGCGCCGCCCGCACGGAGAACGCUGCUGUUGUCGUCGAGGAGCGCGGCUUCGACCUCGUCGUCGGCGCCGACGGCGCGCGCUCGCGCAUCCGCCCCCUCCUCACCACCGUGCCGCCCAUGUACUCGGGGCUCACCGGCUACGAGCUGCGUCUCCCCGCCGACAUCGACGCCGCCAACCCAUCCGUCUCGCGCCUCGUCGGCAACGGGUCCCACUUCGCGUUCGGGCAGAGCGCCGACAACCAGCGCUGCCUGUGCCUGCAGCGGCAGUCGGACCGCAGCGUGUGCGUGUACGCGUUCGUGCGCGAGCACGCCGGGUGGCACGCGCGCAACGGCGUGGCGGACCACGCGGACGUGGAGGCGGUGAGGCGGCUGCUGCUGGACGACGUGUAUGCGGGUUGGGCGGAGGGGUACAAGGAUGUGUUGAGGGCGGCGAUGCCCGGGUGGGUGCUGAAGAGGGAGCUGUGGAUGAUGCAUGUGGGGACGAGGUGGGUGCACAGGGAGGGUUUCACGGCGGUGGGGGACGCGGCGCAUUUGAUGACGCCGUUUGCGGGGGAGGGCGUCAAUGUCGCGUUGGGGGAUGCGUUGGUCUUAGCGAGGGAGGUGGCGGGCGCGGUGGAGGCGGUCGGUGGUGGAGGAGCUGGGGGGGGCGGGGUGGAUGUUGGUGGUGGUGGUGGUGGUGCUGUGAAGCGCGCGGUGGAUGGGGCGGUGGAGAGGUAUGAGAAGGAGAUGUUUCCUCGUGCCCGCGAGUUCAUGCAGGCGACGUGGGAUAGCAUGAUGGAGAGGUUCGAGCCGGGUGGUAAUGAGAAGUUUGCGGAGGGGUUCAGGGCGCUGGCGGAGGAGAGGAAGAAUAGGGAGGAGGGUGGGAAGGGAGAAGGGAAGGAUGGCGACCGGGUGGAUGCGCUGUUUAGGAGAGAGUAG